UUCGCAGCCAAGUCCUUUCCCGAGCGGCGAUCAACCUGGUUCUGCUAUCGGAGCAGACUGCUACGAAUCGUGAGAGAGCGGAGAGUGUGCGGACUUUUCUUCUACGCGGAUAUUGUUCUCGUUCUUGUGAUUCAUCAUCAUACCCUCCAUAUAUUGUGCAUUUUAUUUCCUCGCCUUCACUCGGUUUAGUGCGCUGUAGCGAUCGGAGUAAAAAGUGAAAGUGUGCAGUGCAGAAAACAGGAAGACGCGAAAAAAUGUUCCAUCUCAAAACGAUCGCCAAGAGCGCUGCGCUCAAACAGGAGGUUUCCACCCUGGUAAAGGCUGUGACCGCCACCGCCAGUGUUACUCAACAGCCACACCGUAACUACUCCGAGCACCAGAUUCCCGAGCGUCUGAAGAAUGUAGCUACCGCACCGAAUCCUCGUUUCUUCGACAUGGUCGAGUACUUCUUCCAUCGGGCCUGCCAAAUUUGCGAGGAAAAGAUGAUCGAGGACAUCAAGAGCCGUGUUUCGCUGGAGGAGAAACGCAAGAAGGUCAAGGGUAUCCUGAUGCUGAUGCAGCCGUGCGAUCACAUUAUCGAGAUUGCCUUCCCGCUGCGUAGAGAUUCGGGCGACUAUGAAAUGAUCACUGGAUACCGCGCCCAACACUGCACGCAUCGUACCCCCACCAAGGGAGGUAUCCGUUUUUCACUCGACGUAUCACGAGAUGAGGUGAAAGCCUUGUCCGCUCUGAUGACCUUCAAGUGUGCCUGCGUUGAUGUUCCAUUCGGUGGUGCCAAGGCUGGCGUGAAAAUUGAUCCAAAACAGUAUUCAGAGCAUGAGUUGGAAAAGAUUACCCGCCGAUUCGCGCUAGAAUUGUCCAAAAAGGGAUUCAUCGGACCUGGUAUUGAUGUGCCAGCUCCAGAUAUGGGAACCGGUGAGCGUGAGAUGUCCUGGAUUGCGGACACUUAUGCCAAGACGAUCGGUCAUCUGGAUAUUAAUGCUCAUGCUUGCGUCACCGGUAAACCCAUCAACCAGGGUGGCAUCCAUGGACGUGUCUCGGCCACCGGACGGGGUGUCUUCCACGGAUUGGACAAUUUCAUCAAGGAGGCUAACUUCAUGGCUAUGAUUGGCACUACCCCCGGCUGGGGCGGCAAAACAUUUAUCGUUCAGGGCUUCGGUAAUGUCGGUCUGCAUUCGUGCCGUUAUCUCUGCCGUGCUGGUGCUACCUGUAUUGGCGUGGUCGAACACGAUGGUGCCAUCUACAAUCCACAGGGAAUUGACCCCAAGGCUUUGGAAGAUUAUAAGAAUGAACAUCAAACCAUUGUUGGUUUCCCUGGUGCUCAGCCGUAUGAGGGUGAAAAUCUGAUGUUCGAACCAUGCGAUAUUCUUAUUCCUGCUGCCGUUGAGAAGGUUAUUACAAGUGAAAAUGCUGGUAAAAUCAAUGCUAAGAUCAUUGCUGAAGCCGCCAAUGGACCGACCACCCCUGCUGCAGACAAGAUUCUUAUCGAACGCAAUAUUCUUGUUAUUCCUGAUCUGUACAUCAACGCUGGUGGUGUCACCGUAUCUUUCUUCGAAUGGCUUAAGAAUUUGAACCAUGUUUCGUACGGACGUUUGACUUUCAAGUACGAGCGUGAAUCUAACUACCACCUGCUUGCCUCUAUCCAGGAAUCACUUGAAAGAUAUGUUGAUGAGGACAAAUCCGUGCAAGCUUCCUUGGAAAGACGCUUCGGCAACGUCGGAGGUAAAAUUCCCGUCACCCCGUCGGAGGCCUUCCAGAAACGCAUUUCCGGUGCUUCGGAGAAAGAUAUCGUCCACUCUGGGCUGGACUAUACCAUGGAGCGUUCGGCUCGUGCCAUCAUGAAGACCGCUAUGAAAUACAACCUUGGUCUCGAUCUGCGUUCGGCCGCGUACGUUAACUCUAUCGAGAAGAUCUUCGAGACCUACAGAGAUGCCGGUCUCGCCUUUUAAUAGACGGCUUGAUGCGCGAAAUGAGCAGAAAAAAAAUGGGCAAAAAACUAAUACGAUUGUGGUGUCGCAGUAAAAUCGCGCCCGGUAUAGAAGCAGAACAGAAAAUGAGAAGAAAAAUUCAUACUGCCACAAUUCGAUAUUUCAAUGUUACUUAAAUCUAAUUAUGUGUAAGUUUACCGUAUAAAAUUUCAACUUAAGCAUGUGAGCAAUGAGUCCAAGGAGAUAGGUAUGAAAGUUGAAUAACAAAGGCUACAUUUUCCUGUUUUGUUUUGUGAUCUGUUUAAUAUUACUAUCAGGUUUUCUUAUCGGUUCACAUUCAACAAUGUGCGUUUUUAUUUUAAAUAAAUUCUGUCUUAUUCAAUCAAGGAGUUUUUUACACUAACUUGAACACAAUCGGCAAAUUUCCACUAAACUUAUGAAUGAAGUUCUGAGAGACCGUAUCAAUUAACAUAGCAAGGAAACACAUGCGCGAACGCAGUGCUAUCUGUAAUAGACUUGCAAUUUUGAAGAUGCUCACAAACAGGUGGAAAUCACAAUUCAACGGAUAUUCCGGUGCACUCUACGAUUAAACGAUAUAAUGAACCUCAAA